ACUGAUGAAUAUUUGUGAAAUAUAGAAGAGAAUAGAAGUCACCCAAAAUCCUUUCUUCUGAGAUAAACACCACUGUUGUGAUUUUGUUGAGCUUCCCAAUCCCUCUUCCUCCUUAUCCAGUUGAGAUCACAGAUGCACUGAUGCUUAAGCACAAUUAAUUUGGUUUCCUGGAAUUUUUUAAAUUGCCCAUGACUGACCAGGAGGUCCCAUGGUCCUGUCUUGGGAUAAAGGAAUCUUCUGGACCUGGAGCCAGAAACUCAUAGACCUGAAUUCUUGGAAUGCUGACUGGCCAAAGAGCACAAAUGACAACCAUUUUCAAGUCUUGAUCAAGCUCCUGUUCACAGCUGGGCACCCUUGCAGGGUGGAGAACCCAGGUCAUGUCCUUCAGGAGAUGAAAUGUUUGGAGAGAGGCACAUCAUGAGACUGCUGGCCUUUGUGUCCACUGAGUCAGGGACAGACAGUUGGUGCUAUAGAAACCCCAGCAGGGAAAGGCAAGACCAGUGUGAGCUGGGGCAGUUGGCAAAGGCUUUCUAUAGGAGGUGUGACAUCAGCUUAAGCUUCUCAAUAACACAGACAAACAGGAAGGAUAUUCCGGGGCGUGGGAGACACAGCAAACAUCCAGAGCCAGUGUGAUAGGUGGGGAAACAGAGAUGACACAGCACCUGCACUUGGUGGGAUGGAAGCCAUCCCAGUACUGUGACGCCUCAUGGGACCUUGUCUUAUCUUCAUGGAAGUCUUAUAAAGUAGGCAAGGCAGCAGCAGAAAUAUUAUGUAGACAUGAAAUCAACAGAAAUAUUAAGGGAUUUGUCCAAAGUCACACAGAAAGUGAGUGGCAGGUCUCCUACCUCCAGUCCCCAAAUCAGAGUUCCUCCCAUCAAACCACACUCUUCGCAUAAACUGAAUUCUGAGAAUGGCCACCAGAACGAACGCAUUCCCAGCUCAGUCCAAGCUGAGCUUCUCCUACAGCUUGUGUUUGUUCCCCGCAGAGAGCAGUGAUGAAGACCAGCACCCCAGAGCAACCAGAAAACAUCGACGGAGCCUGGGGGCUGGACACCCCCAUGGGAACGGCUCACCCGGUCCUGGGCAUGGGGAGCCUGACGUUUUGAAGGAUGAGCUUCAGCUCUAUGGAGAUGCUCCAGGAGAGGUGGUACCCUCUGGGGAAUCAGGACUCCGAAGGAGAGGCUCUGACCCAGCAAGUGGAGAAGUGGAGGCCUCUCAGUUAAGAAGACUGAAUAUAAAGAAAGAUGAUGAGUUUUUCCAUUUUGUCCUCCUGUGUUUUGCCAUCGGGGCCUUGCUGGUGUGUUAUCACUAUUAUGCAGACUGGUUCAUGUCUCUUGGGGUCGGCCUGCUCACCUUUGCCUCCCUGGAAACCGUUGGCAUCUACUUUGGACUAGCAGGGUCUUCAUUUAGAAGGAGACUUAGCAUACAGGAAAGAACACAGCCCGGAGGCAGAGGACCCAGGUUCGAGUCCUACCUCUGCCAGUUUACUAGCUCUGUGACCCUGGAUGAGCCAUGUAGCCUUGGCUUCCUCAACUGGAAAAUAGGUGUGAUACUUUUCUACUGCACAAGUGUGUUGUGAAGAUCAAGUGAGGAAUGGAUGCAAAGGCCUGAAGUGUGAAACAGUAGAAAAAUGGUCUGGUUAGUCUUCAUUCUCUUAUAGAACUUUACACUUCCCCAAACACUAUCUCCUCCAUGGCUGUACUUGCCUAAUAGCAAUUGGGGAGGUAGGCUUUAGCAAUGCUACACUUGACCAAUAGGAAACUGAGGCUCAGAGAGGUGGAGUGACUCGCCCACAGUCACACAGCUUCAGUGGCUGGGCUGGGCGAAAGCAUGUCGUCUUUCUUGACUGACAGCUCUGUGACCACCUUAUGUCUCAGAAUGGAGAGGCCAAGUGGCUGUGCUGGGGAAAUAUCUGUCUCCUUUAAUCCAUGUAAUAAAGAAAAAGAAAACUAGCUAUUAUGACAGUGGGUCAUUGAGACCCAUGGCUUCUGAGGUGACUACAU